CGCUCAUUCACGACAAGACACUGAAAGACAUGUCGUCCGAAAACACGACGAAGGAGAUGGCUCCCUCCGCAGCGCCGUCAGAGACAUCAAACGAGGAAUCAGCAUCCUCUACGUCGACUUACCAAAAGGGGAUCUCGCCUAUCAAACCUGAAUACCUCCGCACAGCAGAGCCUAUCGCUUCCAAGGAAGAGACUAUCGCCCAGUUAAGCGAGGGCGUCGAGAAGGAAGGAGACCAGGGCCGUGUUGGUGGAGAGAACGACAGCAAUGACUCGGCCAAUGGAAAUAACAAGCGAGACCCGUGGAGGCGGACAAACACAGGACCGCGUGGUGACGCGUCGUAUCGAGGAUGAAAUACAACUGUGCUUCAAGGUCGCCAAAGGUGUUGAAUGUGACAAAGGAGAUAGCUGCAAGUUCACUCACGACGUCAAAAAGUAUUUAGAGGCCAAAGGAGAGGAUCUAGGUGAUCGCUGCCCCAACUUUGAGAUCUACGGAGAGUGCCAUUACGGUUACAAAUGCAGAUAUUUGAAGGCUCAUAUGGACGCGGAUGGCAACUUGAUCAAGGACGAGGAAAAAAUCGCAAAGGUUGGACCACAAACCUUGAAUGUCUUUACACACGAUCUUACGCUCAAGCUGCGCUCAUUCCAGUUCGACUUCAAACGAUCCGAGGAGUAUCUGAAGAAAAUGGCGACUGAAAUGGCACAGACGGCAAACCAAAAGAAGGAGCUCGGUCUUCCUGAACCCACACCACGCAAAAGUGGCCAUAUCGAGCUGGAGGAUAGAGACGUCAAGACGCCCAGGACAACAACCGUCCGGGAAGAAGUAACACAUAUCGAUACACCUGAUGUCCCACUGCGAUCGUGCGAAAAGAAAAAGAUCGAUUUCAGAGGCAAGACAUACUUGGCGCCUCUGACUACUGUUGGCAACCUGCCUUUCCGUCGUAUUUGUAAAGAGUACGGAGUCGACAUCACUUGCGGAGAGAUGGCCAUGGCCGCCAACCUGGUACAGGGUCAAAAGGGAGAGCUGGCACUUCUUCGGAGGCACAAGACCGAGGAUAUUUUUGGAGUGCAACUGACGGGCAACAAGGUCGACGUCGUUGUUAGGGCGUGCGAUAUGAUCAACCAGAUGGCCGACGUCGACUUUGUAGACCUCAACAUGGGAUGCCCCAUCGACCUCGUCUUCAAUUCUGGAGCCGGAAGCGGACUCUUGGGUUCAGCUGGCAAGAUGAAGAGGAUGAUUACUGGUAUGAAGUCCGUCUUGGAUGUCCCCGUUACUGUCAAAUUCAGGAUGGCUAUCUACGACAAGAAGCCCAUCGGCGAACAAAUGACGAGCGUCUUUCACGAUCUUGGAGCAUCCCUUGCAACUCUUCACGGCCGAUCCCGCCAGCAGCGUUACACCAAACUUGCAGACUGGGACUACAUCCAAACAUGCACCCAGGUGGACCGCGGCACCGUUGGAAGAGACAAUUAUAUGCCCCUUUUCGGUAAUGGAGAUAUCCUUGGACCAUCCGAUUAUUAUACUCACUUGGAAACGCACAAGGUGGACGGGUGUAUGAUUGCACGAGGCGCUUUGAUGAAACCUUGGAUUUUUGAGGAAAUCAAAUCAAACCGAGACUGGGAUAUCUCGUCUGGAGAGCGAUUUGAUAUGAUGAAGCGGUUCUGCGAUUAUGGACUCGAGCACUGGGGUUCGGACACCCAGGGCGUCAACCAAACCCGACGCUUCCUGUUGGAGUGGCAAAGCUUCUUGCAUCGCUAUGUCCCUGUUGGAUUGCUUGAAGUCCUCCCUCAGAAGAUGAACGAUCGCCCACCUGCAUUUGUCGGACGAAAUGAUAUGGAGACACUGAUGGCUUCCACCGACGUGAAGGAUUGGAUCAAGCUGAGUGACAUGAUUCUAGGGCCAGCGCCUGAGGCUUUCCGCUUUGAUCCCAAACACAAGGCCAACUCUACCUCUGUAGAAGGAUAGAUAAGCCAGUGAAGAAUUAACUUUGCGCAGGAUAAAGAGCUUUCAACUCAAUGCCGAAACCAGCGCCUUAAUGGGUUCUAGGGAUACA